AUGCACCUCCUACCCCUGUGGGCGUUGGCGAUAGCAGGAUGGGUCGCCGCCGUUGCCGCCGCCCCUGGACCUCGGCCUCAGGAGGGCGAGGACCUGCUCCCUGCCCUCAAGGACCUGGCGAGGCGUAAGAGGGCGGGAACCAAGUCCAACCUUCCUUACUCGAACUACAGGCCCUUGUCUGGCAUGCACAGGUACCGCUACCCGAUCUACCGCAAGCGCUCCAGCCGCCCUCAGCCCCAGUACGACUACGAGGAAGACCUGUACAUUCCCGAGCCCGAGGGCGACUUCCUGGACUACGAGGAGAGCCUCCGCGGGCCGUCGCUGUUCCGCGAGAGGAGCCUCCAGCAGCAGGACCGCCGCAAGAAGGAGAUGCUGAUGGAGGACGAGGGCUACUUCAGCGACGACUUCGUGCCCGAGAAGAAGUUCCUGCCGAGCCCGUACGUGGUGCCGCUGGUCAAGAAGGACACGAUGUACAACCUGGCUAACACGCCUUACGACCUGCAGGCCAUCGGUCGCCUGUACGAGGUGGGCAAGCGCGACUCCAACUCCAUCGACCCCUACAACCUGGAGGCGCUGCAGGACGCCCACUCCGUCGACCGGAAGUCCAUGCGGCCGACGCCCACCGAGCAGUUCUACGACGCCCUCGACGCCAUCGCCAAAAAGAACGUCUACAUCGACGAGAGCGACCGCGACGCCGCCGGCCGCGUCGCCAAGCUCAGAAACUUCCUCACUUCCGCCGCAGGACGCUACUGGAGGGCUCGCGACGCCGAAGAGACCAGCGCCAGGGACCCGCUCAUCCGCAAGAAGCGGGCCGUGGCCGCCCCGACCGUCGCCGCCGCCGCCGCGCCCGUGAACAAGACCAACGCCACGACGGCCUCCCAGAGCUCCCUCUCGUCUAAGGUGCCCGCCCGCUACCACGCCCAGUUCUCCGGCGACCGCAAGAAGCGCGCCUUCUCCGACUACUUCAAGUGGGAGAAGAAGUCACAGCCCGAGGAGGAGGACGGGGACGAGGCGGCGACGGCGGCCCAGCAGAAGCGCGGCAGCUCCUCCAGGGACUACGAUGACUACCUCACCCGCGAGUACUUCAAGAGCAUCGCGCGCUCCGUCGGGCAGAAGAAGAGGAAGAGGAUGGCGUACGCGCAGUUCGAGGCCGACAAGCGCUCCUCAGGCAUCGACGAGUUCCUGGAAAACCCUUCGAUGCUCCAGUACAUGCAGGCGAUGCUCAAAGAGGCCGAGGAGAAGGUGACGAGCGAGGCCGAGGAGGAACUGGGCCAGACUGACGGCGAGAACGAGAACCAACGACUCCUCGGCAACAUCGUGGUGAGGUUGGACGCCCUCGAGAGGAUGCGGGAGGCCCUGGGACAGCUGGAGACGUUGCAGGAGCAGGAGGAGAGGCAGCAGCAGCAGCAGCAGGAGGAGGAGGAGGAGGUGGCAGAGCAGGCUAAGAGAACGCAGACUCUCACGCUGCCCGCCCUCCCCCACAAGAGACAGCUGAGCACGCCCCAGGAGGAAGCGGCCAGGAGGCGAAAGUCCCUCCAGGAGGCGGCCCAGAGGAAGGCAUCGGAGGCGAAGAGCGGCAGAAGGAGGAUGAGGCGAGGGGAGGCUGCGCCCAACCCCGUCUUCUUGGGGAACGCGAGAGAAGAAUGCCCAGUGUUAGAACGCAUCCUCAUGAACUGUGUCGCUGUGAGUAAUGAGGUAGGGGACCAAGACAAAGUAUUCCUGGAUACCUGCGUUCGACACGAGAUCUGCUACAUGUGUGGUUCCGGCCUCCGCAUCUCCGGCCACGAGUGCGACGCCGUUCUGUCCUCGUCCCUGGAGGCGGCCUGCUCCAGCAACCUGGACUGCCUGGGCGCCGCGGGAGAGACCUUCAACAUCCUCAGCGACGCCAGCAGGUACGACCAAGACGGCAUCUGCACCCACGACCCCUGCGUCAGGCAGUUCCUCGAGAUGCGCUGAGAGAAGACGAAGGUCGAUGACACCCCCUCCGACGCCCCCACCGUACUGCUGGCGUUCUCUGUGUCUGGAAGGAGCGUCUCGCGAUCACGUGACGAAGGGGGCCGCUGAUUGGUCGAGACCAGGAUGACGUUGGUAGACGCUCGGCCAAUUAGGAGCUCCGUUUGGUCUUCAUUCGGUCAAGGACCUUCUGCUCCGUACUCAUUAGAUGACUGUUAGAUAGAUAUAUAUACAUAAAUGUAACACUUCCAGUAAUGAUUGAUGUUACUGUCAUGUCCACUUUGUUAACAGUACAUUAAAGUAUAUAAUGUGAAUGUUGCCUCUGCCUUAUACAAAUGUUUUCGAAACCUCUUUCGAAAGAUUUCAGUCUUCAUGUAUAACGUAUGUGCGGGGACCUUCAACUGAAACUAUUACAAAAAAAGUAAAUAAAAUGUCGCAUUUGUAACGUGUCUAAAAUCAAUGGGGCAUAACUUAUGACAUAUCUUGUUCAACCAAAACAACCAAUGUCACCCUCACUAUUUUUUUAAAAAAAGAAUAGGCACAGCGUGAAUAUAUUUGUUUAUCAGAAUCUGA